GCCAGUGCUACCGGUGGGUCUUCGGUUCAGCGGAGCGACAGUGCUGUUGCUGAUCCACCACCAGGAAUCGCCGAGCAGCCGAUAAUCCUCCCUUUGCACCGGGACGCCUCAGACAGUCCCACUACCCGAGCAACAUGGCAGAUAGAGACAACCAAGUAUACCAGGCAAAACUCGCCGAACAAGCGGAGAGAUAUGACGAAAUGGUGGAGUCGAUGAAGAAGGUGGCCAGCAUGGACCUGGAGCUGACGGUGGAGGAGAGGAACCUGCUGUCAGUAGCAUAUAAGAACGUGAUCGGAGCCAGAAGAGCCUCCUGGAGGAUAAUCAGCAGCCUCGAACAGAAAGAAGAAAACAAAAGCGGAGAAGACAAACUAAAGAUGAUCCGAGAAUACAGGAAAACGGUUGAGAAAGAGCUGAAAUCAAUCUGCAAUGACAUUCUGGAUGUACUGGACAAGCACCUCAUCUUAGCUGCAACCACGGGAGAGUCUAAGGUUUUCUACUACAAAAUGAAGGGAGAUUACCACAGGUACCUGGCGGAGUUUGCCACAGGCAACGACAGGAAGGAGGCGGCAGAGAACAGUUUGGUUGCAUACAAAGCUGCUAGCGACAUCGCCUUGAUCGAACUCCCUCCAACACACCCCAUUCGUCUGGGAUUGGCCCUUAACUUUUCAGUUUUCUAUUAUGAAAUCCUCAACUCGCCAGACCGUGCUUGCAGGUUGGCGAAGGAAGCGUUUGACAAUGCCAUUGCAGAACUGGAUACGCUGAGCGAGGAAAGCUAUAAGGACUCAACACUUAUCAUGCAGUUGCUACGUGACAACUUGACACUAUGGACCUCAGACGUGCAGGGAGACGGUGAAGAACAGAACCAAGAAGCACUGCAAGACGCGGCGGAAGAGACCCAGUGAGACUGAACAACACAAGACAAGCCCUCCUCCUCCUCCUCCUCCUCCUCCUCCUCCCUGAUUUCUCUCCUCCCAGCACUCGCUCCUGUCCCCAGCCACAGUUUUCAGCUGGGUUUAUACUGCAGCCCACACUCUCUCUACCUUUUCCUCCAUUUCUUCCCAUCUGUCUCACCUCUCCUCCUCGUAUGCACGUCAUCCCCCGACCCCCCCGGGGCCCGCUCGGGUCUUCAUUUCAACUCUCCAGGGGUUCCACCUUAUUUUUGACGACUAAUUUUGCAAGCCUGUACCCUUUAAGGUCCACGUCCUCUUUUACCGUUUUCAUUUUGCUUUACUUUGCUGUAUCAUCUGUUGCCAAGUACGCUUGCCUGUAUUUGUAACACACAUAUGCAAGAGUUUAUUUAAAGACAAUACUUCGCUGUUCAACUUUAUCCUGUGUAUGUGUGUUUAUGAACAAUAUAUUGUCCAUGCUUCUGUCAGACGGUCAGUCAGUUUUGAAACGUUUCAGUUUGCAAAUUGAGGAAACACAGCAGUGAUGGAAGGUUUAAAAGGGAUGCGUUAAAGCUUUUAGGAAGAACUAAGUGCCCUCUUUACUUUGUGGUUACCAAACCUGCUCCUUCAACACAUCAAAAGGUCUUUUUUUUUAUGGCAAACAGCAGAAUGUCCCCCUUCUCCGAGCAUCACUCUGACCUCUAUUCUUGUCCGCUCUCGGACCAAGUAUUGUGCUGCGAGGCUGUAGCGCUUUGCUAAUGGCAGAUAGUUAGGUAAUGGCUUUUUAGCAGACAAACUGUGCGUAUGUGUGUGCGUGGGAGGGGAAUGCUCAACACUCUUGAUUGUAACGUAAUGCAGUUUUGCAUUGGCACUAUAUAAAAAAAAGUUUGGGAAAUAGAGGCCUGCUGUAUCUUUACUCCCCUGACUCUUUCAGGUUUUCCUCGUCUCGACUCUGUCUCCUUCCUCUCAUUUCCUCUCUUCCUUCUGUUCAGUAUGUGUAACGUGAAUCUGAUUUGUACUACUGGAUGUUCUCACCGGAGCCACAAGUACCAUCUGUAUUCUUACUGAAACACAGCAUGGAAUUAACAUUAAACUUCAAAUUGAGAAAU